GUUCUUUUUCACUUUUAUUUUUUGUCUAUUUUAUUACUAUGUCUACUACACCUCAUCAUAAUGAAAGCAGAGAUCCUAUUAUGGAAGAUGACCAUUUCUCUUUAAAAUUUGGUAAUCCUAUUCAAGUGAUACAUGAUACAGAGAGACACAAGGUAGAUAAUUUCGAACCCACCAAAGAACAUGUUACAGGCUCAUUAGCCAGCAGUAUUGGUGAUGCUAUUGCCACUCAUAAAAAAGAGCAUCAAAAGCCUCCUUUAAAACAACACAGUUCAAGUUCUUUCAGAGACUGGUCAAGUUGUUCAGAUUUCUUCCAUAACAAAAAUGGCAGUGUAUCUGAGAUUGAACACAAGGAUUAAAUAAACAGUUUUGAAGCUUAUUUUAUGAAUGGAAAUAAAGUUCAUGCAACUAUUUGUUUAUUGCUUACUAAA